ACAAGUAGGUCUCUAAAAUGCCCCAGAGUGAUACCUGGCCAGGUGGCACUGGAAAGGAUCUGAUGUACAGCAUGGAGAGUGCCGGGAGCUGCGACAGUGUUGUCAGUGCUCAUUCUGGCAGCAGUGAUGACAGUCUAGACUACCUGUCUGCUGAAGAGAAGGCCUGUAUCAUGUUUUUGGAGGAGACUAUUGAUUCUCUGGACACUGAAGAAGACAGUGGACUGUCAAAUGACGAACCUGACCAUCUGCCUACUUCUGCAGCCCUUGCUAACAAACUGGCAGAUCUGUCAGCCUCGUUGAGCAAAACCAAGAUAAACGGUUUGGAGAAAAAGGCUUCGAAGAAAACCAGAGUGGACAAUGGUGAAACCAAGCUCGUUCAUAGCUACGUGGUUCCUACACCCUAUGCUGUGGGCGCUCCGAGUUCUAUGCCCGGUGCUAAACCCUUCCCCUCUCUGCCAGUCGCAUCCAGACACGGCACCUCCCCAGUACCUUCAGCGGGUCAUGUUGCGGUACCCUCCUCAGCAAAUCCACAGGAGUACUCAGGCAGAGCAGGCGAUGGUUACCUACCGAGAGGACCUCUGUCUUAUGAGGCUCUUGUUCAUCUGCGCAAAAGUGCCACAGCAAAGAAAACUCCUUUAUGUCCCACUGUCGAUCACACUAUCGAGUCGAACAACCCCACUCCUACACCAAUGGCUUCAAAUCUCAGAAACAUACCAAGGCCUGCCAUAUCCCACAAAGAGGUUCCCAAGUCGAAGACAAGCACUGUUCCAGCGAAAGCACAAAACAAAGAUCCUUCCAACAGUGUCAAUCAUGCUAAUGAUCCCAUAGUGGUGAGACACGAAGCUCUGCAGAAGUUAGGUCUCUUGAGAAACGAAGAGCCAGAAAAUGAUGCUGUAGCUCCUCUGCCUCAGCCCAAAUCUCACUCCUCUAUGCAUCCAAUGCCAAACAGAUUUACAAUUACUCCAUCCAACAGUAGUACAUCAAGGAGUCCUUCCUUCUAUAAUUCCCAAGUGGCCACAGAGCCUAAGAACAGGCCUCUGCAGAGCAGUGCCAGUUUCCAUCACGACUCCAGACGUGACGAGCUGCUUGUGUCUUCAAGAAAACCCACGCAGUCCACUGGGUUGAGGAAAAGUGGCGUGGAGCGCUCAGCCACCAUGGAUAACCACAGAAGUAGCCCUGAACAGAAUCACAGAAUGUCUGCAAAGCCGGCAAAAACCAGCUACUCCUCACCACCCAGAGCGCCAAAGCCGUCCAAGUCGAAGCCCGCCCCCCAAAAUCCGGCCAACGUAGUGGGAUAUACUGCGAUGGUGGUGCCUGGGGUGGGAAGUGAGCGAAAGGAGGCUCUGAGAAAGCUUGGAUUGCUUAAAAAAUGA